AUGAUUUUAGUAUCAUGCCGAAAAAGAGUAGAAGCUGCUAGGGAUUUUCCUCAAUUCUAUGGAAGAAAUACCCUAGUGUUUAACGAUGAUCCUGCAUUUGGGGAAUCUAUUAAAAAGUUUGAAUGGUUUAUAAGAGAAGUUGGAUCAGAUAAGGAUCCAGAGGAGAUUCUGAAUAUAUUGAUGAUUCUGAAAUUUAUUCAGAACCAAAUUCCAUUUUUUGAUAUUGCAUACCAGGGAUUUGCAAGUGGAAGCCUUGAUGCUGACGCAGCAUCUGUGAGGAUGUUUGUGGCUCGUGGUAUGGAGGUCAUUGCUGCUCAGUCAUACAGUAAAAAUCUUGGCCUUUAUGCAGAAAGGAUUGGAGCAAUUAAUGUUGUUUGCUCGUCAUCAGAUGCUGCUGCAAGGGUUAAGAGCCAACUGAAAAGAAUUGCUCGACCAAUGUACUCAAAGCCUCCUGUUCAUGGGGCUAGGAUUGUUGCCAGUAUUGUUGGGGAUGGAGCUUUCUUCAAGGAGUGGAAUGCAGAGACGGAAAUGAGGGCAGGGAGAAUUAUGCAUGUGAGGCAGAAACUAUUUGACAAUCUUUCUUCCAAAGAUAAAAGUGGGAAGGAUUGGUCAUUCGUUCUUAAGCAGAUUGGCAUGUUUUCGUUCACUGGCUUAAACACAACUCAGUGUGAUAACAUGACCAACAAGUGGCACGUAUAUAUGACCAAGGAUGGAAGGAUAUCCCUUGCAGGAUUAUCGUUGGCCAAGUGUGAAUACCUUGCAGAUGCCGCCAUUGAUUCUUACCACAAUAUCAGUUAAAAUUAAGGAAAACUUGAUAUUAUG